CGCUGGUCCUAACAAGAGAUUUGGAGCAAGGGUGAGGAAGGAGGAAAGAAGUUUUACUGGAAUAAAUGACGCUAAAUGCACAGGCAGCUUCUCACUGUGGGCUCCAAUCAUGUCUGAAAUAGUGGCUGCAGUGACUGGAGGAGUAAUUGGGGUUGUUGCCAUGUUGCUUCUUAUUGGAAUAGGAGCAUAUAUUUUAAGGAAGAGAUUUUGCUUCUCUAGACAAUAUGAAGAGUUUUUCGAUCAAGUUCCACCUACACAAAAUAAAGUUAUUGCAGUGGACAAGGACUCAUUGGGGGCCAAUAGCAAAGAUGCCGGGAUGAAACAUGUGCCUUUUAUUGUUCCACCUAAGUUCCGUGGCCGAGACUGGAUUGGUUUGGGAAAUGGAGAACGUAUUCAGGAUGAUAGUGAGCCAUAUAUUGCACCUGAUUUCCUCCCACGGUCAUCCUUCUGCUCUUUGGGGGCAUACGUUGUUGGUUCCAUCAACCCAGCUUUGUACAAAUUCCCAGAAGUAAAUGAAGAAACAGAUUUUCCAGAGGGUAACAUUGGACGCAUUUGGUUUGCAGUGGAAUAUGAACUAGAGACAGAGAGGCUUGUGGUGUCCCUGAUGAAAGUAAGAAAUUUGCAGUUUGGGUCAGAUUCCUGUAAUCCAUUUCUGAAGAUCCAUCUGCUUCCUGACGAGAGGCGCCAUCUGCAGUCCAAAACAAAGCGUAAAACCGUGAACCCACAAUUUGAUGAAACAUUUGUCUUUCAGGUUUCAGGUAAAACUAUACAUCAGAGGACUUUGAGGUUUUCAGUUUAUCAUGUGGAUAAGAUAAAGAAACACCACCUUCUUGGACAGGUGCUCUUUCCCUUGAAAAAUGAGUCAUUAACUGAUGAUGAGAAUAUGGUUAUCUGGAGAGAUCUGGAACUUGAAAAUUUGGAGCCACCAUCAGAAUAUGGAAACAUCCAGUUCUCUCUUAGCUACAAUGAUUACCUUGGUCGCCUGACUGUUGUGGUGCUUCGAGCAAAGGGCAUACAGUUUUUGGAAGAACAUGGUGUCAUCAGUUCAGCAUUUGUUAAAGUCUCUUUCAUGAAUCACAACAAACUUAUCAAGUGCAAGAAAACAGCUUCAAUCUGUGGGACCUCGAACCCUGUUUACAAUGAAACCUUCAGUUUCAAGGUGGAGCACACGGGGCUGGAUACGGCAAGCUUGAGUCUGGCUGUAUUUCAGAAUGCACAAGGAGAUAAAAGCUACUUGCUAGGCCGAGUUGUGGUUGGACCAUAUAUGUACACUAGAGGGAGAGAACUCGAACACUGGAAUGAAAUGCUUAACAGGCCAAAAGACUUGGUAAAGCGAUGGCAUUCUCUGUGCAUUAACACUUGAAAGUCAUGUAACAAAUCAAGUUAAAAUGGGAGCUUACUUGUUGUUAGGUGGCAUUCCAAUGGAUGGGUAAAAUGUUGCAAACAAGAAACUGGGAAGGAAACAAGAAACCGUUGAAUAUGUCCCAUUGGUAUUAUUGUUAGGAAUGCAAAGAGGAACAUGAAGCACAGACAGCUUGCUCAUGCUGCCAACAGCAGCAACAUUUCAAUGUUAUUAAAUUAUGUAACAACAAGCGAGCUGUUUUCCAAGUUGUUCUGUUCUAUCAGAUUUUUUUUGAAAGACUUUACAAGUUUGUGGUGUGUUACAGAAUGAGAAGUAAUAUAUCUAGGAAUUCUUAUGUACAACUCAUUUAUCCUCAUCAUUCAGUAUACAUUAUAUGACUCUUAAGACACAAAAGUAAAUAUACAUAUACAGUGUAGAUCUCCAAUGUUUGAUUACCUAAUAAUUUUACAGUGAACCCCCCUAAACAUAUUUUCUAAGAAAUAGCAGUGAUGUGAAAUAUUGGCUAAAUACCUGAGGUGUAUGUGAGACACUCCUAUUUACUACAUUUGGUACAUAGGAAUGGACCCCACAAUGCUGCUAAGCUGAUGGCAACACAUUCUGUUAUACAGAGAAAGCAGCAGUAAACUCUUCUGCACUACUCACAGUUUAUGUACACUCUGCUGGACAACUUGUCCCAUAACUGGGGACUCCACUUUUACUGGUUUGUUAGAGUUAUUUAAAAUUAUGUUGUUAAUAAAGCUUAACAUGGUCAAGCACUUUCCGUUAUUUUUAUAAACCAUACAAUGUAUUAGAUCUAAUUAAAUUGCAAUCUCUGAUGCUUGUGUUUGCUUGUCAAUAUUUUUAAGCUUGGGCACAGUGCUCAGUUUUUAUCGUCUUAAAAAGUUAUUUUUACAUAUUGCAUUGUGUUGGUUUGCAGAACUAUAGAGUAAGCAGACACCACAUGGAGCACAGGAGAACAGGGGACCUUGG